AUGCGCGUAACAAGUAUUGAAGAAGAUGAUGUUGAAAAUUUAAGGCUAGCUGCUCUUAUGACAUUGAAAAAAAAAUCAUAUUCACCAUUAAAUACACAAAAUAGAAUACAAAAGUCAGAAAAAUGUUUUCCUUGUAGUAGUUCAUAUAAUACUUCUCCUAAAAAUAAUGAAGAAUGGAUUCCUACAUCAAAUAAAUUGUUCAGUAAACGUGUAAAUUUAAAAAAAUCAGCUUAUCCCAAUAGUAAUUUGAUUUCUAUUAUACCAUCUGAUAUUGAUUGUGAUUUUCAAAGUGAUUUAACUAAUUCUACACUUACACUUACUUCUGAGGACAAAAAGUCAUCAAAUAUUCUAAAUUUGAAUAAUGAAGUAUCUACUAAAUUCAGUAGAUUAGAACAUGAAUCUGAUUCUCAAGAAAGCGAAGACAGUGAAUCAGAAAAAAAUGAAAAAGAAGAAUCAGAUGAUUGUGAUAUUUUAUCUUUAGGUGAAAAAGAUAAAGAUUUAGAUGAUCUCGAAAAAUUAAUGGUUAUUAUAGAGGCUGAAAUUGCUAGUAAAGACGGUGAAUCAUCUAUAAAAGAAAGUUCAAAUUUAAAAACAAAUAAUAAUUAUGUAGUAAAAAAUCCUACUGAAUUGAAUGUUGACAAGAAUGAACCUAUUCGUUUAAGUCAACCUAAGACAAUUGAAGAUUUUAAAUCACAGUUAAAUCCACUUAAAGAAGAACUUAAAUCUGUGAUUGAUUUAAAAACAAAUAUAAACUCUACAUCUCAAAGUACUUCAUUAAAAUCAUGUGUCAUUUUAAAAUCUCCAAUGGCGUUUAAUAGAAAGAGAUCAAAUUCUCCUUAUAUUAAAUAUUUAAAUAGAUGUUCUACUACAGUUGAUCAUUCAAAGCUUCAAACUAGAUCUUCAUCUCCAAGAAGGUUAUCACCAAUAAAAGAAAAAAAUAUUUCUCCAGUACAAUAUUCUCCUAAAAAAUCUCAGAAUCGUUCAUCAUCUUUAAACAAAACACAUAGUUUUGUAUCAAAAGUUCCAUUGCCUAACAGAAGACAAUUAUCUCCAUUUCCUAGAAAAAGUAGAUCUCCGCUCAAAAGAAAAUCAAGAUCACCAAUUAUUAGCACUACUAAUAAAAAAUCUUAUAGCCAAAAAAAAUUACUAAAUAAAUCAAGACUAAUAUCUCCUACUAUUCUAAAUGUUGAUAAUAAUGAUAAUUUACAGAAAACAAUUAAAGUUAAACCUGUCGAAAAAGAAGUGAAAUUAAGACAAUUUGAUUCUGCUUUAGAAGCUGUAGAUGAUAAAAAACUGUCUGUACAACAUACUGAUUUAGUUGAUCUGAGAACAGAAAUAAAAAGACGAAGAGCUCUUCGAUUAAAUAUGAAUCAAUUGGAUGUAAAGAAAAAAUCAGAAUCAUUUUAUCCUACUCGAUUGUUACAGUCUGCAAUUAAAGAUGUAGUUGAUUCAAGUGCCAAUGAAGAAAAAAGAGAUAAAUGUUCUAACAAACCAGAAAUUAAAGUACCAACUGAAGUUAAUUCAAGAAGUCGACGGAUUGUUUUACUUAAAGAAAGUAAGUAUAUGUUAUUUUUUUCUUUUUUGUUAAUAUUAAAUGAAGAUGAUUAGAUGAACUAAUUUAUA